AUGUCUUCUGAACUUAUUACUUCAUAUUUAAAAGAGUACAAGAAUAAGUCUUUUUGGGGGUUUCUACUCCUCACCCGAGACGCGAUUGUUCCCACUACUCCACUUACUUCACGUUGGUACGACCUUGACAAAACCUGGUGCGAUCGUUUUUUAUCAGAAGCAAGAAAGUUAGGUGAAGAUUUAAAAGAAAAGGUCAAUCGGGAACGGCAACGUAAUAACUUGGAAGAAUAUUGGAAUGACAUAAUCAAUGAAUGUAAAAUAGAAUUCAAGAAGCGAGAAUUACAAUUAUUGGCCUGCUCACCAUUACCACCAAUUUCCAAAUCAGAAAAAUGCAAAUCUACCUCUCAAAUCGAGAACCAGAAUUUAAUCAUCACUUCACAAAAGAAUACUAACAUUUUGCAAUCUUCAGUUUGUUUAGAAUUACCAGUAAUUUCUCGGCCGAAGGGUAGCUCACAAUUAUCCACCUCAACUAUUGAAAUUCACUCUGACAAAGAAAACAGUACAGGCUCUAAGGUUCCAAACCAGGUACAAAACAUUAUUUCUUCUGAAACGGAUCUUGAUAAUAUCACUUCUACCACAUCUAACCUUAGUGAAAUUGAGCAAAGCUCAGAAUCUGCGCCGUCUAUCUGCACAGAACCUAAAUCAUUGGAGGAUAAGGAGAUAAAUGAAUUUCUGGAUUCAGUGUAUAAGGAAAAGUUAUAUAAAAGAUACAAGAAAGAAACCGGUCUUGAUCCCUGGUUAAACUCUGAAACUUCUGGAUCCUCACAAAUCAAAAAAGAUGCAGGUAAUUACAUGAGUCAUGAUGGUAUUAUCAAGAUUUCUAAGUUUCCAGAAGAAAAAAAAGCUAAAUAUCCAAUAUGCAAAGAAGUUCAUACACGAUAUUGUAUAUGGGAUGAUUGGAGCUGUCUAGAUAAAAAUGAUCACUAUUAUCUCAAUUGUUCAUUUCAUAUUGAUCAAAAGAAAGUUAUAACUGCUGUACAAAGUUUGUCAAACAAAACUCAAUCACUAAUUCCUAGGACUAAUCCAAAUAAGAUUUAUCAAUAUGCCAUCAAAUAUAAAAUAGAUCCUGAGAAAUUUUCAGUCAUUACUGAGGCUGAGAAAAAAAGAUGGACCAUGGAUUGCUUCUGUAGUGACCUGGAGAAAGAUAUAUGUUAUUAUCAAGGUGAAAUAAAGAGGAAGGAAGACCCUAAAAAAUAUCAUAAAUUUUUAACAGAUCGGGAUAGGCUAGUUGGUAAAGAGUUAUUAUGUUGUGGUAUACUAAAGAGUGGUUUAAAUCCAGAGUCACAAAAUUGGAACAUAUCACUGAAAACUGAGAUAAGUGUAAUACACUCUGAUGUGAAACUAAAAGUACAAAGUGCUAAAAAUUUAUGA